UCAAAACCGUCUUACAUCUGCCCACCUCUCAGCCACCACCCCGCGCCACCAAGCGUCGAAUUUUAACGGUGCUUGCAUGAAGUAAUCACAUUGCUGCAUACUGAAAUUGCUGUAAGGUCUCCAUUGCUGGGUUCCCUUUCGGACUCAACCCAGUUUCUCAAUCUCGGUUUCAAACGGUUCCCAGAAACAAAGUUCGUUAAUUUCCGACUGGGUUUUUAAUCACCCAUCGAAAUUUCACCAAUAUGUACUAGCCCGAACCAACAAAUUUCAGCUUUGUUAGUGCUCCAAUCUCCGUGUUCCACCAAACCCAUAUCUCAAUUUCGAGACUUGAGACGAUGCAGCAGCAGCACCAACAACAUCAUCUGGGUUUUGAAGAACCACCAAGUAGCAGUAAGGCGAGUCUAUUGAUUCGUCACCUUCCAGAAGCCAUUCCUGAAGAGACCCUGUUCCGCUUACUGUCCCACUAUGGCGCUUCUUCUGUCCGCUCUUGCUCUCCUACCGGCAGGAUGAGAAACUGUGCUUUUGUGGAUUUCCAAACCGAAGGCUUGGCUUACCAAGCACAGCGUCAGUUGAAUGGGCUGAGGUUUCUUGGGAAGGUGUUAAAAGUGGAGAGGGCUACUAGCAAUAGUGAUAAGCCAUUGCAGGAUGGCAACAAGGAUUCGGUUUCGUUGCCUCCCACUUCCACGUCAUCUUCGGGGUACAAUCCUACCGUCAAAAGGGAGACUCGGGAAACUGAAGUUUCAAGAUCAGAGCCUAUUGCCCCGAGGCUUGGUGUAGAUUACUGCUUUCCUCCUCACCUUGAGUAUGCUUACCCACCACCAGAUGGAAAUAUUCUGACCAACAUUGUAAAUGCUCUAAUUGCUGUUCCUCGCUUUUAUACUCAGGUUUUGCACUUGAUGAACAAAAUGAAUAUUCCAGCUCCAUUUCGCAUGGCUCUUCCCUCUCCACCUCUACCACCUGCAGCUCCCGUGCCAUUUCCCCCACCUCCCCCUCCUCUAGAUGCAAAGCCUCCCUCAGCAGAUAUAUCAAGUGACGAGUCUGAAAUGGAGUCUUCAGAUGAGGAGGCCUCUAGAGGAGCUUCAAGAGGAAAGAAGCGUGUCAAACGGGAAUCUAUUCUUGGUCCUGCAGUUGAUAAAGGUGUAGCACAUGAAGAUGUUGGAUUGAAACAAGCUAUUCUAGUCCCAAAAGAGAUGCCAAUGAUAAAGAAGAAGAAUCCUCUGCUACAGAUAACAAUUGCCCAGAAAGUUGCUAACAAUGAGCACAAAGAUGAUAGCACUACCAAAGUAGAAGAGCUUCCGGAGACUGAGAGUUCAGUUAUUAACCCUUUUGCAACUCCAGAAGAACUAGAAAGAGGAAAGUUGCCUCCAGAAGAAAUAUUAUCGCUUCCAAUGUUUAAGAACUAUACUGCCGGGACUCCUGCCCCCGUGUUGUAUAUAAAGAACUUGGCAAAGGACAUUGUUGGUGAUGACUUCUACUACAUAUUUGGGUCAUUAUUUGGAAGCAUUGAUGCAGCCAAAUCUGCUCUGAGCGUGAAGCUUAUGCAGGAAGGACGAAUGAGGGGCCAAGCUUUCAUAACAUUUCCUUCAGUUGAACAAAGCCAAUAUGCUUUGAAUCUAGUGAAUGGGUAUGUGUUCAAAGGCAAACCAAUGAUCAUCCAGUUUGGCCGUAAUCCUGCAGCUGUUAAAGCAACUUAAGUAGAUCGACUAUCAGGAGAAUUUCUAAAGGAAUCAUCAAGCAAGAAUAUGGAAUGCCCUGGGCGAGAGGAACUUCUAAGAUAUUCCAUGGAACAAAUGUGGACUUAGAGCUGGUGCUGGCUGGAGGAUAGGUGCCCAGAUGGUCCCAACAAGGCAUUCCUGCUUCAGCUAACAGGUUCCAAAACGUGCGUGGUUUCUCACUGAUUCCAUGGUGUCUCCAAAGUCUGGGUGCGAGCUGGCUGGCUGGUUAACUGGUUGUACAGGAAGUUUUAUGCAAAACUUAGUUUUAUGCUUCCAUCCCAAGUUAUUUGGACUUGUGGAGUCUUUGAUGCAGGGUACCAAUUACCCGUCCCUACUGUAGUUUCUUUUCCAAUUUAUUUUUGAUUGGAAAUUAAGAUCACUUACAGACUGAAAGAAGAUACAAAUAUGAGAAGCUUGUAAGGAAGGAAGGAAAUAUAUUAUGGGGAUUGUAAUCUGCACUCCCCGUUUACAA